AUGGCCCCUCUAAGUAAAGAGAACCUUGACGACCUUGCGAUCAUAGAUCCGGAGAUCGAUGCUGCACUCAAGUCGGGCAAAUUGCCCAUUCCUCCAAUCGACUAUGCCGACCCAGUGAAAGCUAUAUCUCAACUUCGUGCUCUGGAGGGGUAUUUCCCCAUUCCACCAGCGAUAGAAGCCGUCUCCGAAUCUACUGCAAAGUACACAACGCGUGAUGGCCAGGAACUAAAUCUCUUCGUUUUCCAGCCUGCUCAAAGCUCUGACAAACCCAAACCCUUGAUCAUAUUCUAUCAUGGUGGUGGGGGCUCACUGGGGACUGCGUAUAGCGCGGCACCAUGGGCUCGCAGUAUUGUGCUUCAACACGAUGUCGUCGUCAUAAGCCCACAAUACCGCCUUGCACCAGAACAUCCCUUUCCAACAGGACCAAGCGACGCCUGGGAUUCCUUCGCCUACAUCACCGCCAACGCAUCUACAUUCGCCGCCGACCCACGCGCUGGACUCAUCGUUGGUGGACCCAGCAAUGGUUCUUCACUGACCAGUAUAAUCGCACUUCGUGCCCAAAACGAGCCCGCAAUUCCAAAGAUCACUGGCCUUUAUUUUGCGGCUCCUGGUCUGGUCAGUUCCCCUGACACCGUUCCAGCAGAGUACAGAGAAUUAUACCUCUCCAAAACCGAUCCACGAUGCCUAAAUGCUCCUAUUCUCAACGCAGAGAUGAAAGCCGUCUUCAACGCUGUGUAUGGUGCCCCAGAAAACGACCCUUUAUAUCGAGCAUUCAAUGUCCAGCCGUUCUCCCAGCAUGCAGGUAUUGCACCAAAGGUAUACUUCCAGGUCUGUGGUAUGGAUAUCCUGCGCGAUGACUCCUUUGUUUAUGCGGAUAUCUUGGAUGGAUUGGGGGUGCAGACGAAAGUUGAUGUAUACAAAGGAACACCACAUGUGUUCUGGGGUAUCUUCUCUUGGAUUGAACAGGCGAAAGUCUGGAAGGAGGAUACCGGGAAAGGCAUAGGUUGGUUGCUUGCGCGAGAUCCAUCCACUAGAGGGUCAGGUGGGGACGAUGGCGCCCAGCGGGCAACCCUCUGA